AUGCCAAGUUACAGCCCGAUUGUCCAGAAGCUCCGCGACGAGCUGCUCUGGGAAGUUGACGACCUUGAACAGGCCGUAAAAAGGGCUAGACAAUGGGACAUCCCCGAGCUGGACAAGUAUGGCAUUAUCUCAGCCAAAGGCUUCCUUGACUUUGCCGAUUGGUUGAUCCGAGGCUGGGUCCCAACGGAGUCGACCAAAGGCCGCGAUAUCUACUACAUCCUUUGUGUCUUCUAUUUUAUUUUAUCCCAGGAGCCGUUGGGUUCUCGCCAGACAAGUAUUGAGCCCAAGAACCUCAACAAGAAGUCCCUCAAGCCGCUAUCCGAGUGGGUGGUCGAUUUUGCAAUGGAGAUAGGAAAAAGUAUGGACGACGAGAGGUCGAUAAAUGAGGCGUCUAUAACGAGCUUUCGAAACUCUCCGCUGUUCCGUGUCUUUGAAUCUGAAAAUGAUGCACCCAACUGGAAAACUUUUAAUCAAUUCUUUUAUCGGCGUCUGGAUAAUCCUCGUGAAAUUGACAGUCCUGACGAUGAUCGUGUUGUUACCUUCCCUGCUGACUCCACUUUUGCCGGGGCAUACGAGAUCAAUGACGAGUCUGAAGUGGUCCUCAAGCAUAUCCCAUGGAAGGUGAAAGACCUUCUCGGGAAAUAUGGCGAGGCUGAGCUUCCUGAUGACAGCAAUCUCACCUAUGGGGAAAUUUUCAAGGAUGGACUCUGGACCCACGUUUUCCUCAAUUCUUUUGACUACCACCGCCAGCAUGCUCCUGUCUCAGGAGUGGUGGAAGUCAUUGACACGAUCAAAGGUGCAGCCUAUCUUGAGGUUCAGGUCAAGACAGACGAGCAAGUGGGCCACAACUAUCUGGAACCCUGUCGUCGUAUCGGCCAACCUGAGAAGAACUCAAAGGGUAUCACUACUCUCGAUGCUCCAGAUACACCAGGCUACCAAUUUCUUCAGACUCGAGGAGUGAUCAUCAUCAACAAUGAGUGUCUGGGGAGGGUUGCUAUCUUGCCCAUUGGAAUGGCCAUGGUCUCUUCUGUCAAUGUGAGAAAACAACUGCAUGGCAAGAAAAUCAAGAAGGGCGACGAGAUUUCUAACUUCGCCUUUGGCGGGUCUGACUGCGUAAUUAUGUUCCAGCGAAAGGCCAGAGUUUCUGGAUUCCCCGACUCCGAUCCAGCUUCUCGGGAGCAUUUCUUUUAUGGGGAGAAGCUAUGCAGGGCGUAUUUCAACAAAAAUAAAGAGCAAGAGGAAAACGAAGCAAAAAGCGGGUCCCGUUGGAACCUUGUGGUAGUGUAA